GGACUACUCGGAAUAAUGACAUCCGCCUUCCUAUGUUUCUCGAAAGUUUCGACGGAAUGCUUGCUGACGUUAGCUUUGAGUAGAGAUAACUUGAGCAGGCAGCGCUGCCUGUUUUAUCCCGUUACGAGCGACAAAGAGCACGAGCAUGUGAAAGCGUUCUCUCAGGCCUCGGGGCUUCAGUGGGUCUUAACGUUACUGCCCGCUCGGCAGCGUCGAAGGGCACGCUGGUCCGACUUUCAUUCACAUAUUUAUCAUCACGCUUACAACAAUGUGUAUAAUAAUAGUGUCCACAAGUGUCAAUAUCUAGAAUUAGAAAAUUUUUGCUGCAACGAUUCACUCGGCAUGUCAGGCCAAUGGGAACUUUCGUCUCGCAACAUCUUAAAUUUGCCAAAAUUCAACAUGCUCACUCCAGCUAAGCUAUUGAUGUCAAUCAUGAAUGUACCACGUGAUACAACAAUCGAUGAGGUGGACGACGGCACCGAUUAUCGAUACGAGGCUAUCAGACUAAAAAGCUUCGAAAAAUGGCCCUUGUCAUAUAUGAAGCCGGAAAGUCUUGUGGCAGCUGGUUUCUAUUUCACCGGAGAACUCGAUAUUGUUAGAUGUUUCGAGUGUGGUACGGAGAUGUACAAAUGGCUAGAGGGCGACGAUCCCAUGGUAGAUCACGAAAGACAAUCUCCAACGUGUAAAUUCAUUCGCAAUGCCUUUUGCGAUAACGUGUCGUUCGAUGUUGCACCCGAUAUAUCGAUCGCGUCACCGAUGACGGAAGAUCGAGAUGUCUGCGGACCGUACGAAUGCGAUCUUCCACCGGAUUAUUACAAGCUCUACCCCACUAAUUCGUCAUGCGCCAAGUAUCCGGAAUACAAAUUGUACGAGGCGCGCCUUCGUACCUUCGAGCACUGGCCCACAUUUUUAAAGCAGAGUCCGGAAGAGCUAUCGCUCGCAGGAUUUUACUAUACAGGCGAAAAGGACCAGGUGUUGUGUUUUCAUUGCGGCGUAGGAGUGAAACAUUGGGAACCCAACGAUGAUCCCUGGGAACAGCAUGCUAUGUGGUAUCCGAAUUGCUAUUAUCUACACGAGGUUAAAGGAUCGAGAUACGUGGGAAAGGUUACAGGUCAAUCCAUCUCUCCUAAAAACAAUAACCAGUUACAGACGGCAUCUUAUGUCGCGAAAGUGGAGCUGUCGAUAGACGCCGAAUCGGAAACUGAACAUGGGAAGUUCGACGAGGAAAAUUAUCUUCCUGGAUCUCCUGGACCGAGUUCUCAAGGUAAUGACGAUAGCGGCGUAGAGAGUAUAUCGAGUAACAAUUCGUCGAUUAAGGACAGCAACGAGAAUUUAUUCGACGCGGAGGCUGGAUGCUCCAAAUCUCUCAGUGACUCGAGAAUAUGUAAAAUUUGCUUCGACGGGGAAAUAUCCCAACUGUUUCUAUCGUGCGGCCACUUGCUGACUUGCGCCGAUUGCGCCAAAUGCAUCAAGAUUUGUCCAGUGUGUCGUACGUUUAUAACCAAACAGAUGAAAGUAAUCUUCUGAGAGUACUCCCCACUUCUCUCCCCUCGUACAAUAUAUCUUAGCUACAAUAUUUUCACGCUUCAGUAUAUAUACAAGAAUCACACGAUCGAUCGAGAAUAACGCGUUUUGUGCCAGGUGGCAUGCAUUAACGUGUUUCUUGAAUCACGUUUCCGCAGGAACACAGUUAAUCCGUCCAUUUCUCACGAAUAUAAGAAAACAAUGCUACCAAAAUGAAUGCAAGAUGGCUUUUUGCGAAGUAUUCAAGACGUCUUCGAGAGUUUGCAGCAAUGAUAAAUAAGAGAAGCUCUAAACAUUUUUCUAGUUGCAUUUUUGUUUUUCCGAAAGAGUCGAGUAAUCAGUGAUAAUGCAGAUUUUUCUUUAGAGCUUUAAAAGUUAAUAUCGCAACCUUGAAAAACCGAUUCUUAUAAGGAAUUCAUAUAUCGAAACAAUAACGUUAACGCCGUCGCGUUAACACAAAAUAGUUAAUGUACGAGUCCUAGUUCCUCCGUUUUUAUAACUCUUUUGAAGCCAAAUUUUCUUGGAUGUAUUUUCAAAAUUCUGCACAUCGACUGCUCUAUCAGACUCAUAAGACCCUGCGAUAUUGCGUCCGAUAUUUUUAUUAAAGAAAGAAUAUAUAGAGAUAUUGAGUAAAGAGAAGAUCAACUGUAGCAUCGAUAUUUUUAUAUUGUACAAAAAGACCAAAUUAAAUACGCGAGAACGUAAGCGAUGUAAAUCGUUUUUCUCUUUAAACUGUAGAAUCGAGGAUUUCGAACGUAUGUGUGUAGGUAUAUAUGUAUAUAUACACACAUAUAUAGUUAUGUGACAUAGUAUAGUUGGCAAAACAUAAUUUAUUCGCAUAUAGUGCUGUCCUAACAAUAUUGUUAAAAAUUGUUCGAUGACUAUGUUUCUUUUUAACAAAUCGUUUUCACAAAUCUGUUGUAAAACUGGCUCAUUUUGAAAUAAAUAUUUUUGGCAGA